AUGGCUAGCUGCCUAAACAUUAACCGUUUUCACGUGAUUUGCUUUCUUCUAUGGCAGUGUGCACUAUUUUAUUGCUGUCAACAAAUAUUUCCAAUAUUCUUCAAUUUCAUGCCUCAAAGGGUAUGCGAAGACGCUGAGUUCCGAUUUACGAAAGACAGAUGCCAACUGACACCAGUGGAGCAGUGCGAGGAACUGAGGAAGUGCAGUCAUGUCGGGAUCGUCAAGCCGCCGUUUCAUUCAAUGGUGGAAGAGUUCGAGCUCUACUGCGACAAAGCCUACGAUGCUACAUUGGUAGCAACAAUUCAAUUUCUGGGAGUGCUUGCGGGCACAAUGAUUUAUGGUCAUCUUGGCGAUCGCUUCGGUAGACGACCUGUAUCGUUUUGUGGGAUUCUUAUCGGUAUCACGUUUGGGGUUGCCAGUGGUUUUGCGCCAUCAUGGCAGAUAUUCGCUAUGUUACGAUUUGUAUGUGGAACCAGUGUGGCAUGUAUACUGGUGGUCUUCUAUACCUACAUCGUUGAGCUGAUCCGACCUGAACAACGAGUUUUCAUGCGCUCGUUCUUCAACUGGGGCUACGCUCGCAUCGUGUUCACUCUUACUUGUAUGAUGUGCGACCACUGGCGAUCAGCAGCGAUAGCAACGGCAAUGCUGGCAAGUCCUACCCUCCUCGCAAUUGCAUUUUAUCUACCGGAAACUCCGAAAUGGUAUGCAAGCAAAGGACGAAUGAAGGAGGCAAGAGAAGCAGAGAAAAGAAUUCACAAUUUAAGUGGAAAGGAAUGCAUACGUGCAACUGAACUUUCUCAAGAAAACUCCGACAGCAAAAAAUACACCGCCAAGCACCUUCUGCAAGAUCGGCAUCUCGCAACGAGAACGGCUAUUCUCUGCUCGCUAUGGUUUGCUACCAGCCUAUCAGCCUUCGGAAGUGACCUCAACUCAGGAAACCUCCUCGGUAACUUCUAUGUGAAUCAGAUCGCUUCGGCAAUGAUGAUUGCUUUCACUAAAAUAGUCGUAUUUCUACUCGACACCUAUUGGAGUUCCUUCGAUAGACGGAAACUUCAUCAAAUACCGCAGGUAAUUAUUAUUACCAAGUUAUUUUCAGUCAUUAUUACCAACAUAAUUGGAGUAUCAUUCAUUGAAAUUACGUGGGAUUCGUGCUACUUAGUGGCAGCAGAGUGCUUUCCUACGCACAUACGAACAAUUGGAAUGGGGACUUGUUCGUUGUCAGCAAGAAUAGGAGCUCUUAUAGCUCCUCAGAUGGCGUACCUGUCUAUCAUCUACCAACCAGCACCUUACAUAGUCGUCGUUUGCGUUGGUCUUAUAGCUCUUGGCAUAUCGAUAGCAUUUUUGCCGAAUACGAAAGGAGUGGAUCUUGCACAUAUAGGAAAGGAUACGAAGAGCGAACUAGUACAAAAAGCGCAAGCGCUCCAAAAUGGGCAUAAUAUCGUUGAUAGAUUUUAA